AUGGCUACAGUAGCCUCACUAGUACGAUCUACUUCGCGCGGCUCAGACCACGAAUCAUCCUAUGCAUCACCUCUCAUCACCCAAAUGAUUGGAGGUUCUAACCACGGGGAUGGGAAACUUGGAGCUGAUGGACGGAAGCGUCGGUCCUUUGGCAGCAGUGAUGAUGAAGGCGGGUUCACUUACGAUAAUCUUCCACUCCGUUUCGGCCCUGCAAAGGAUGAGAUAAUGAGAUUCCUGGACGAGCAAGGCCUGAUGGCAGUCAAUGUGGAAAUCGUCAACACGGAUUCAUACUGA